AUAUUGGCUAUUCAUCACUUUGCUUCGUCGAAAAUUUUGGUGUGAACUAGGAAGUCCAUUUUAUAGAAGUAAUCUAUUUCUCUCCGAGUGUCUCAUUGAAAAUUAUCAAAUUACAAUGGCCGGGCACGAGCAGAAAGCAAUGGAACUCAUGGCUGACGCCGAUAAGAAGUUGAACUCCUCCAAAGGCUUUUUUGGAGCUUUAUUUGGCAGUGGAUCCUCAAAAGUCGAAGAAGCAAUCGAGUGCUACCAGCGGGCAGCCAACUUAUUUAAAAUGGCAAAGAAAUGGGGCCAAGCAGGUAGUGCCUUUUGCGAAGCAGCAUCACUACAUUCCAAAGCGGGGAGCAAGCAUGAUGCAGCCACUAAUUUUGUCGAUGCAGCUAACUGUUACAAGAAGGUGGAUCCAAAUGAAGCAACAAGCUGCCUCCUGAAAGCAAUAGAAAUUUACACAGAUAUGGGGAGAUUCACCAUGGCAGCAAAACAUCAUCAAAGUAUUGCAGAAAUGUAUGAAACAGAAGCGGUAGACCUUGAACGAGCUGUUCACCACUAUGAGCAAGCUGCUGAUUAUUUCAAAGGAGAGGAAAGCAAUUCUGCUGCAAAUAAGUGUCAACUAAAAGUGGCUCAAUAUGCAGCUCAACUGGAAAAUUAUGAUAAAGCCAUUCAAAUUUAUGAACAGGUUGCAAAAGCCUCCUUAGAGAGUUCUCUUCUGAAGUAUGGUGCCAAAGAAUACUUCUUCCGUGCGGCCUUAUGUCAUUUAUGUGUAGAUGUUCUGAACGCUCAGCACGCAAUGGAACGAUAUGUAGAUCUCUGUCCAGCAUUUCAAGAUUCCCGUGAAUAUAAGCUGUUAAAGGUAUUAAUUGAGCAUAUGGAAGAACAGAAUGCAGAUGGUUUUACAGAGGCUGUUAAAGAUUAUGACUCAAUUUCUCGGCUAGACCAAUGGUAUACAACUAUUCUACUGCGCAUCAAGAGACAAGUAAACGAAAAUCCUGACUUGCGUUGAAUUACUCCAAUUCUAAGCAAUGUAGUACUCAUCAAUUUGCAUUUGGCAACACAUUUUAUAUGUAAAAAAAAGAAUCCAAAUACCUGUGUUUUGUCCAUUCAUUUUCUAGUGCAAUUUUUCUACUUGCAAACUUUAAAACCUUGUUAAAUUUGAUGUUUUGAAUUCAAUGGCAAAUUCAAUUUUUAAACGCAGGAAUCGAUCCUUUUGAACCUUUUUCUUUGUGAUAUUUUCUUGUUGGCUGAAAGCUUAACACUAAUAGUGUUUCAGUUUUUUUAUUUAUUUAUUUUUCUUUCAAAUUAUCAUUUUUAUUCUAAGUUUUUCAUAGUAAUUUAAUUUGUUAGAGCAAGUUUCUCUUUUGUUCAGUUGUUACCAAAAUUAUCAAGCAUGUUAUUAAUGCCUAUACAAUAUAAACGUGAAGAAAUAAGGUGCAUUAGGUUUGGAUGUUGGAUCAAAAGCACCGUUCCUGUGAGAAUAGUAUAAUUAUAUUUUUAUUUCGUACUUAGUGGCCCGUAUCACUGCAUUGUAUCACUACUUUGCAUGCUUCUACUUUGCACUGAUUAAAGUCAUUAAUGCAUGGAUGUUCGUCAGAAGAGUUGAAAUGUUUGUUCCUCCUUUUUCCUUGCCUAUUGCAGCAGAUAUGUAUUAAUGCAUUGCGGUAAUGAUCAUCUUGGCUGAUGCUGUUCUUGCAGAUUCCCCUCGUGCCAGAGUCUGUUGUAAUUUGUUUUGUUUUCUUAUAUGUAUUAUUGAAGAACCUCAUAGUCUUCUGUCAAAAAGUUGUAAAAAAAUUCAUGUAUUUAUCUUUUUUCCUUCUAUUUCUUAAAAUUCAUAAUAUGCCCUUGCAAGAGCUUCAUGGCUUUUCCUGAAGGUGUAAAUGGAUUGUGAUUUAACUUAUUGAUUCGUCAGUCCUGUGAAAUCCAACAAAUCGAGAUCUUACUGUAAUCCCUAGUUUGAUUCCUCUUUACUCUAAAAUCGCUACACAAGGAAAUCGUUUGUAAGUGCACUAAUAGAUUCUUUCGAGUUAAUGAAUUUACUAUCUCCUACUUCUGGCUUUUGUACACAUAGUGAUUAAAGUGGAGUUAGAUCGAUAAAAAUCACUGUCUUAGUGCUAAGCUGGUGCAGUGUGUAUGCAAUGUAAAUUUUAAUUUUUGAAUACAAAUUGAUUCCAACAAAAUUCAUAUUGCCAUUACAGAAAUUGUAACUAGCUCAUCGAUAACAUUUUAUUAUUUUAGUAGUCUAGCUUCAUCUCUGUACCAUAGCAUUACAAAAUUCAUAAGUGUAUAAGUGAUUAAGGGUUACGUUUAUUUUUAGAACAAAUGAAAAAUCCAAACCAAAAUCUGACAUUGAAAAAUGAAGGUGCCUAAAAUCAUAUUCAUGAGAAAAUAUUCAAACGUAAAGUACUAUGUGACUGUCCUUGAAAGAAGGAGCAUGGUCCAUGGAGGUAAUUUAUUCGCACAAGCAAAGAUGGCAAGAGGGGGUUAAAAAUUUGGUUUUAGAGUCUUAGAAGGAAAUCUCUCUCUGUUGUCCAGAACAUUAAGUUACAAGUGGUUCAUUUCAUUUUCACCUAACAAGAGGGCAAAAAAUGCAUCAUAAUUUGACAAUUUUGAGCCUCAGACAUGGUAGAGGAAACCUUGAACCAAACCGCUUUCGCUCCAACCCAAGUUUUCAGUUGUAAAUUCCAAUCUUUCAUAAUUCAAAUUUGAUUUGACAUUAAUGGGCGUCUUUGUGCCAAAAUGUAUGCCACAAAUUCCCAUAUAUAGCGGUAACUGUAUUUGAUCUGUUUGACUCUGAUAUCUCCUCUACCUACUGUGGACAGUCACAUAUCAAGAAAAGUAAAAAUUAUUCUUUCCAAAAAGUCAAGAAAAAUUAUCUGUUUUAGCAGUCAUCUAUUUAAAAUAUUUUUGUCCUCUGAAUUGCACGUACUAAAUGAACAAUUAUUCAAAAUUGUCUCAACUCACAAUUUAAUGUGAGAAAAAAAGAAGCUCAAUAGUCUUGAUUUCCUUCUUAGUAUUGGCUGACAUGUUAAUCUUUGAACCCUAUUGACUGCAUCAUUUCCUCCUAAAAGCGCAGAAUUCAAAUGAGCUGAUCAGGUUCUUAACUGCCAAGCACUUGUUAAAAACCCUGAUCAUAUCAGAAGCCUCUGAGUUCAUCACUAAAAUAGUUCAUUAAGCACAACCAGUGGCGCUUUCCUCCCCAAGAAGUUCUUGUAAUACUGUUUUUGUACGUUUGCAUUUUUUUUGGUAAGUUUCGUCUUGGAAUAAUUAAUUAUUCUCUAACCAAGAAGAUUCAUCCUGGUUUCUGGCUUGAUCGAUUAUAUAAAAAUUCUUUGCAGAUUUUGAAUUUUAGCCUAAAACAGGACGAUAGCCCCUGGGCAUGAGUCCAAUAAAUCAUUUUCAACUUGCAUUUGAUAGAGUAAUUGACUUCUGUAUUGAAUGCUAGGUUUUAUCCCAAAAAGAAUCCUGCUUUCAUUUCUCUGAUUUCUACCAACUUUUUGGUUGAGAAUGAUUUUUUGGGCCCAUUUCCAGGGGCUAUCGUACUGUUUUUGUCUAAAAAUUCAAAACUUGCAGAGAUUUAUUACUCAACCGAUGCAGUAUACGCCAGAAAGCGACACAAAUCACUUUAAAUCAACUGAGAUAAUUUUUUUUCGUUAUGUCCUGGUAAUCAGCUGCAGGAAAUCAAUUUUUUCUAUUUUCUAUCCAACGUUAUGUAUCAAUUGGAACAAUGGUAAAGGUUAAAGCCUUUCACUUUGAAGAACUUAAUUUCGUUUUGCAAGCCUUAAGACUCUUUUGUGGCAAGCAUGCAACAUCUGUAUGUAUUGAUCUUUUGUCUCAUAUUGUGUCUUUUUGCCGUAUUCAUUUGUAGUAAUGUAGUUUAUUAAGCUACUAUCAUUAUUGUAAGUUAUAAUCAGUCUGUUUGUAUAGUUAUUGUACAUUCAUCAAUAUAUGUGCUAUUCCAGUUUGUUACUUCAUUCCAGCGUUGAUUCAGAAUUCCUCAUUGCUGAAACAUUCGUGCCAUUCAUUGCUUAAGCUGAGUAAAUGAAUGAAUUGGUCGAUGAUAGAAGGUGACAAGCCCAUGUUGACAGGUUCAAUUGUAACCUACCUAUUAUUGCUGCAUAGUAAACACAAUUUUGGUAAAUACCCCAAUUUUGCUGUCAUUUUCUUUUUCUUCUUUUUUUUAUAUCAGCGAGCAAUGCUCUCAGUUGUAUAAUACAAAUACCCAACGGAAUUAUUUCAAUAAAGUGAAAUUCUACAUGA